AUGUCUUCACGAAUUUUACCCGAAGAGCGUAUAAUUUUAAAUGUUGGCGGUAUAAAAUAUGAAACUUAUCGAUCAACAUUGAUUGCACAUCCCGAUACUUUACUCGGAACCAUGUUUCAAGAACGUAAUCGUAGUCUCCGAAAUCCCAAUGAAAAUGGGGAAUAUUUUUUUGACAGGAAUAGUAAAGCAUUUCAUUACAUCAUGGAAUAUUAUCGUACAGGUCAAAUUCUUUGGGAUACUCGAACUGUUCUUGGAGCAAGAAACGGUACCAACGUGACCAGGAAGGAAUUAGAAGAAGAGCUUGAUUAUUUUCAGAUUAAGCCAAGAGAUACUAGGGUUGAUGUUGCUUUGGCAUCAGCUUCAAAUAUAUUGGAUAAAUUUGUUCGAGCUUUAGAAUCAUUAAUUUUAAAGCAUGUAUCUCAAUUAGGAAAAAGUAUCUUUAUUAACGCGAGUCAAGAAUUAAUUUCAGUUAAUAGAGCAAGAAGUGAACCUGAGAUUGACCCUAUUAUUUUAAGAGCAUUUAAUUCUACGGCUUAUCGUAUGUUAAAAGAAGUUGAAAAUGAAAUUGCUCAACAUUUAUAUUCAACUUUUCCUGAAUUAAAUAUUGUUUGGAGAAGUGAAAGGAAUGAUAAUGACCAAUUUAUUUCAAUUCAACUUUCUUUUAAUUAUAGUUUAAAGAUGAUUUUUGAUAAUUCUCAAGUUGGAAGGAAAAGAUUUAGGAGCGUUUAA